AAGCAAAUAAGACAAAUAAGGCGGGUUGAUUUUCCGGACACAUUCAUUGUUGCAUCAGAUACCGGGACCAGAGAGAUAUGGCAGGAGACCAAGCCUUUGAUUAUGGCUUCUUACUGCGCAUAAGCGAGGACGGCCGCAGGGCCGAGGCUCUGAACGAGUACCUGAGCAGCCGCAGUUACCUGGCAGGCUACGGGCCCUCGCAGGUGGACACAGACGCAUUCAUGCUUUUUCACGGUUCGCCUCCUUCAUCGCAGCAUGUGCACGCUCUGCGCUGGUACAGGCACAUAGCCACACUGCAGCCUGGAACCGACGGCCAGGCCUCAUACUCCACAAAGGGAAAGAGAGUGCAGCCUUCGUGGUCUCCACCGGAGGGAAGUGAACUCCCAAAUCUUAGACUUUACAACAGCCUGACUCGGACCAAGGAGCUGUUUGUCCCUCAGCAUGGGAAAAAGGUUUUGUGGUACUGCUGUGGCCCCACCGUCUAUGAUGCUUCCCACAUGGGUCAUGCCAGGUCCUACAUUUCUUUCGACAUCCUAAGAAGAAUCUUGAUGGACUAUUUCAAAUAUGACGUCUUCUACUGCAUGAACAUCACCGACAUUGACGACAAAAUCAUUAAACGAGCCAGACAGAAUCACCUGCUGGAGCAGUACAGAGCCAAAAAGCCCAAAGCCUCCCAGAUCCUGCAGGACGUCUUAACUGCUAGAGAGCCCUUUAAAGUCAAGCUCGCAGAAACCACAGACCCAGAUAAAAAGCAGAUGUUGGAGAGACUGGAUGCAGCGGUGACUGCUGCACUGACUCCACUACAGGGAUCGAUGAAAAGCGGAGCUGAGGAUGCUAUCGUUCAGAGUCAGGCUGAGGUUUUACUAGAAGAAGCCAAGGACCUUUUGUCUGAUUGGUUGGAUUCCCAGUUUGGCAGCCAAGUAACAGAAAACUCAAUAUUCUCCCUCUUACCGAAAUACUGGGAGGGAGAGUAUCACAAAGACAUGGAAGCCCUCAAUGUUCUUCCACCUGAUGUCCUCACACGGGUCAGUGAAUAUGUUCCGGAGAUUGUGGAGUUUGUAAAGAAAAUAGUGGACAAUGGAUACGGUUAUGAGUCUAAUGGCUCAGUGUAUUUCGACACUGCCAAGUUUGAUGCUAGUUCAGAACAUUCGUAUGCUAAACUGGUGCCAGAAGCAGUGGGUGACCAGAAGGCUCUGCAGGAGGGAGAAGGAGACUUGAGUAUCUCAGCAGACCGGCUGAGUGAGAAGCGUUCACAGAAUGACUUUGCCCUGUGGAAGGCCUCUAAACCUGGAGAACCGUCCUGGGAUUCUCCAUGGGGAAAGGGACGACCUGGUUGGCACAUCGAGUGUUCAGCCAUGGCUGGCUCCAUAUUAGGCUCAUCUAUGGAUAUUCAUGGAGGAGGAUUUGACUUGCGUUUCCCUCAUCACGACAAUGAACUGGCGCAGUCCGAGGCCUACUUUGACAAUGACCACUGGGUACGCUAUUUCUUGCACACGGGCCACCUUACCAUCGCCGGCUGCAAGAUGUCUAAGUCCCUGAAGAACUUUAUCACCAUUAAAGAUGCCCUCGCAAGAAACACAGCAAGGCAGCUGCGCCUGGCCUUCCUCAUGCACUCGUGGAAGGACACACUGGAUUACUCCUGUAACACCAUGGAGUCUGCCAUUCAGUACGAGAAGUUCAUGAAUGAGUUCUUCUUGAAUGUGAAAGAUAUCCUCAGGACUCCCACUGAUAUCACAGGUCAAUUUGAGAAAUGGGAGGCGGAGGAGAUCGACCUGAACAAAAGUUUCUAUGAGAAGAAAGAAGGAGUUCACGAAGCUCUAUGCGACAAUAUCGACACACGUACAGCGCUGGAGGAAAUGAGGGCUCUGGUGGGUCAGAGCAACACCUACAUGGCUGCAAGAAAGAGUGCCAGACUCCUGCCUAACCGUAUGCUGCUCCAGAGCAUUGCUCAUUACCUCACCGACAUGUUCAAGACAUUUGGGGCAAUCGAGGGAACAGAACCCAUUGGAUUUCCUGUUGGAAGAAAUGACCAAAAUGUUGAUCUGGAGAGUACAGUCAUGCCCUAUUUAAAGGUGCUCUCAGACUUCAGGGAAGCUAUCAGAAAAAUUGCAAGGGAACAAAAAGUGACCGAAGUACUGCAGCUGUGUGACACGGUCAGAGAUGACAUCCUGCCUGAGCUCGGAGUCCGAUUAGAAGAUCAUGAAGGACUCAACACUGUGGUGAAGUUAGUGGACAGAGAGACUCUACUCAAGGAGAGGGAGGAGAAGAAGAAGCUGGAGGAGGAGAAGAGAAAGAAGAAAGAGGAGGCGGCCAGAAAGAAACAGGAACAAGAGGUGGCUAAACUGGCAAAAAUGAAAAUUCCACCUAGUGAGAUGUUCCGCUCAGAAACUGACAAGUACUCCAGCUUUGAUGACACGGGUUUCCCUACACAUGACACAGAAGGGAAGGAGCUUAGCAAGGGACAGACCAAAAAGCUUCGCAAGCUUUACGAAGCUCAGGAAAAACUGUACAACGAGUACCUCCAGGCAACCCAGAACGGAAGCUGAGAACACCGAGAGUGCUGCAACAAUCCGCCCAUAGUGUUUGCUCACCUUUUUGUACUGUGAUGGUUAUUAGAUAUAAAACAGCACGGAUUUCAGACGUCACUUGUCAUGGUGCUAUGUCAGUGUCUAUAGUCUUAUUUACAUGAUAGGAAACGGAUGAUGUCAUUGUGUUGGUGCUUUACAACCAUUGCUUUGGAAACAGGAAUAUGUUGACUCUGAUAAGCUCGAAGCUUUGUUUUAAAGCUGACAAGAAACGAGAAAGGUGUUGGAAUGUCAUUUUUCUAAUACAGAAGGCUUUUAUAUGGUAUUUGAAGGGUAUUUAAUGAGCAGCAAAAUGACUUAAUAGUCGAUGUUAUAGAACAUCAGUAUGUAUGUGAAAUAUUAUCCAGCCAUGAAUUAUAUUAUAACAGGCAGGGGUUUUUUUCUAAAGCAGUGUUUGCAGUUACCAAUAAAAUGACUCGCCUAACCAGCAUAAUGAUAAAAGGUGUAAUUUCUCUAACUCUACCUUAAUAAUGGAUUAUAAAGAAAUUUGGCAAGGAAAAAUAAAUCUUUUUUUUUAAUGAUUGUGUGCUUGCUCAAGGUAGGAAGAGGUUCUGUGCAGCUAUUCUUAAAAAAAAAAAAAAAAAAAAAAAAAUGAAGCAAAAUAAAAACCAAAUUGUGGAAUUGUAGCUACAGCUUUGUGAUCCUUAGUGAUCCUGAUGCUUGUUUUCAGAAUGGAUGAUUAUAGGAUUUUGAACAUACCGUUUUAUAUAUUUUUCAACUUCAGCCUUGUCAGUGAUUUAAUAAAAUCAAAAUGGACCGCUAAAAAAUCAGCACAUUGAAAUAAAAUGUAUUUUGAACGAUGUAUAGACACAAAAACGUGUAUGUAUAUACUGCUAACAGUGACGUGUUAUACAUAAUUUGACCCAAAUUAUUUCUGUAAGAACCAGUCUAGUUAAUUUAUAUACCUGUGUUAUUGAUUAAGUUUAUGUGCACAUCAAUAUUCUAAUAUUAAUUGGAUUUUGCCAAUAUUCUAAUUAGUAUUGAGUCAUAUGAAUCCUGCAAUCUGAUUGCCCGAUUCAGAUUAAGACAAUAUUCUGAUUCCCACCCUUGGAAUAUGCCGAAUUUUAAUCAGAAAUUUGUUGCAUGUAAACACCUUAUUCAGAAAAUCCACUGAAAGGAGAUGUUGUAUAUGUGCAUGCUUCGUCCACAAGGAAUUGUGGUUAGGAAUGGCAGCAUCUUGAAUCUCCCGGGAAAUAACAGCAGGAAAGGAAAAGUGCAUGUAUACUGUAGCUCGGUAUACAGGAAUAUCCCAUGCAUGUAAGCAUAUGAAUAUCAUAUUCGGAAUGUGGCUGCAACCCGAAUAUAGAACAUAAAUGGAAUUUGAUGUGCAUAUAAACAUAGUCAUUGAAGCAGGAAUUUAAUUGCAAACUGAGAAUUUAUUGGAGUAGGAAUCCAGUCAUAAUAGGAUUGAGAAUAAUUACACACAAAUAUUUAAUUACUUUAAUUACAUUACAUAUCACUUUUAAUGUAUGUAACUUAUUGUGUUUAGCUAUAAGAUAACCUGCAUGAUAGUUGUUGUUUUUUUGUGAAUGCAUAGCUUUUUGUUUGUCAUCCUCUUUAAUGUACAUUAAAAUGUAUAAAUUUUUGUGAAGAUG